AUGGCAUUUCAACCAUUGAAGAGAUCGCAUAAUCUCUACAAAUCAGUACUUCAGUUUCACCGCCCCCGAAGAUGCAUUGCAAACAGUCCAACUAGUCUUUGCUAUCAAGAACCAUAUCGCUUUACAUCCUUCUCUUCAUACAACCCCUUUCGGCCCUUCAGCAUCUCCGCCCAACGAUUUAAUUCUAAAGCCACGGUUCAUAUUGACACACUGGGUGGGGAGUCCAUAGACGAGGCAAAGCUGCAGUCGUUCAACCGCAAAGUGGGAGAUUAUGUGAAACAGGACGAUGUGCUAGCAGUCAUUGAAACCGAGAAAGUUGCUUUGGAAGUAUAUGCUCCCGAGACGGGUGUUAUACAACAAGUCUUUGUUGAAGAAGGGGAUACCGUUACUAUCGGUCAAGCUAUUGCUGAGAUUACCAUUAAAUCUAAGCCUGGCGAUGGCAAGGAAUAA